UGUGUGUGUGUUUAUGUUGCGGUUGAAAGUGUGUGUUAUGCCGUGUGUGGGUUUGAGUGGAAUGAGUUACGUGAUCAGUAUUUUUUAUAAAAUCCAAAAAUAAUGACACACUACGCUAUAUCUGCAAGUAACUGCGUUGAGCGCGGUGAGAAGGGCAUGAUGACUGAAACAGAUGUCAUAAUAGUAGGAGCUGGUAUUUCUGGUUUGACUGCAGCGUACAGACUCUUGAGGAGAGAUUCAAGUUUAAGGAUUUUAGUACUAGAAGCAAAAGAUCGUGUAGGUGGCCGAACCCUGACAGUACCCCUGAAAACAUCCAAUCUACUAACAGAACAAUUUGAUCUGGGAGGUCAGUGGGUCAGCUCAUCACAGCCACACAUUUUGCGGUUGCUGCAAGAGCUGAAUCUCCACACAUACCCACAGUACAGUGCUGGCUGUAAAGUGGUGCUAGCAGGUGCCACAGUGUUUGAGAAGUACAGCUCAAGUUUCCCAUAUUUUGGUUCAUUUUACAGUUGCUAUGAACUUCGACAGUUUGUUUUAAAAAUUGAGCAGAUGUUAAGCAAAGUGACAAUUGUUGAUCCAUUGAAAUGUAUAUUUGCUGAGGAGUUGGAUUCAAUUACAAUGGAGACUUUGUUGCUUAGGCAUCUGUCCACCAAAGCAGCCCAGGAUAUUGUGAGGGCAGCCAUUCGUUCCACAUUUGGAACUGAAGCAUCACAGCUGUCAGCGUUGUAUGUUAUAGCUUUAUCAAAUGGUACACAUGGACUGCUCAAUCAGUUUAGUGCAAGCGCAACUGGAGCAAGAGAGUUACGGAUAAAGGGGGGAGCACAGCAGAUAGCCUUGAAGCUUUCCGCUCAAAUUGGGAACAAGUUGAUUAUCCUGAACACCCCAGUAACAGAAAUUGAGCAGUCUGAAAGUGGAGUCCAAGUGACCACUCAAUCUGGCCAAGUGCAUAGGAGUAAAUAUAUUGUAGUAGCAUUACCGCCUUCAGAGGUACUCCGAAUCCUGUUCUCUCCACCUCUGCCUCUCAAGCACAGACAGUUAUUACAGCGGUAUCCUGUUGGUCACCUCACCAAGUUUGUCAUCACUUAUCCCAAAGCUUUUUGGAGGGAGAAAGGUUUCUCAGGAGAAGUGUUCAGCUGUGGAGGACAUGAAGCUGAGCACAUUUGUGAUGGAGGACCCAUAAGUGCAGCAUAUGACGCCACUACACAUGACGGUCAACCUGCUAUAGCCGGCUACAUGGCAAGCAAAACCGGAAUAGAGUGGAGUUCUAAAGACCCGUGCCAUCGGAAACAGUCAGUAUUGCAGACGCUUUCGGAAUUUUGGGGUGACUGGGUUCAUGAUCCCAUUGACUAUGUAGAGAAGAACUGGAGUGACGAGACUUAUGUAGGAGGCUGCCCAAUGCAUGGGACCUCGCCUGGGGUGAUGGGCUGGUUUCAUCACAUAAGGGCUUCUUUUGGAAGGAUAUAUUGGGCUGGUACAGAAACUGCAACACAGUGGUGUGGCUACAUGGAUGGAGCUGUACAGGCAGGUGAACGAUCUGCUCUUGAAGUCCUGCGGGAACUUCGCCCAGAGAUCGUUACUGCUGCAGAUCUCCAAGCCAUUAAUUUGAUACUAAGAUCAAGCUCACCAGUCCAUGUGCUGCCAGUCUCGCAUGUCUACCGAUGGACGCUUUGCCUUCCUCUCGUCUUGAUCGCAAUGGGUUGGACUGCUUACGCUCUGCGCAGACAUUUCUGGGUUGUAGGAGUUGGUCGGAUAGCAUAACAUUCUUCUUAACUGUUUGAGGAAAGGGAAAUCACGUGGUACGCAGGAAGGAUGGGAUUAUGUAAACCGAGGAGGGGAGAGGUACCGGGCUGGCCAACACUUUCCUGGGCCAUUCAAACAUAAACAUGGCUCAGUACAUCAGAUAGGCCACAACCGCUUCCUUGCAGCGCAUCAUGCAUCACACCAUUCCGUGCUGCGUGAUCUAGGUACUGACAGUGUCGUAAAAUAAUCCACAAAACGAGAGUGAGAGCGUUACCACCCACUCACCAGCUCACCAGAAUUGUCUGGUGUUUGGCAUGACAAAAGCCUAGCCCUGAGAAUGCAAAAUGAUUGUCACUGAAUCAACAGAUAUCAUGAGCAGUCAUGAAAACAUUGGCCCCAUGUUAUAUAUAUGCUUCUCAUUUUUUCUUAGCAAAUUAUAAUAAAAGCAAUAAACAAGAAGUUCUGGGAAGAACUAAUUGCCUUCUUUGCUUUUAUAAGACUUGGACCAUGUGGAAACUGGUGCAUCCAAUUGCUGGAGACUGUGUUCUCUCUGUGGUCAGUCCAGAAGUUAUAUAAACAGGACCGGAAUUGGAGGGGAAGAUACACAGACAGACAGAAAGAAAAGGUUAUCUCAUAAGCCUCCUCAAAAUAAGAAAUACAGUGUAAUUAAAUUGUUCUCAGUCAUAUCCAAACCCUGACGAGAAUAUGCAGCAGAUUCAUUCUCCAUCAGAUCAGAAUGAGAACCCAGUAGUUACAGUCUGUCAGGAAUAGGUUUAGGUGUCAUAUCUACACUAGUUCGGGAGUCAUUCUGGGCAGAUGCCAAUAUGAUUUUUAUUGCUUGAUCACUUGAUGACUUCAGACAAACUAAUUGUGCAAGUCCCUCCUCCUCCCUUGCUCACUGUUCCCACACUCUUCUUUCACAACAUAUCUAACAGUUUUGACAAUGUUCAUCCCUGAAAGAGCACCAU